AUGCAGUGCAGCACACGUCGCUAUAUGGGUUUGUCAGGGCUUUGCUGCAGCGAGGCCUGCUGCAGCUGGGAACCGAAUGAGCCGGGCGUCACCGAUGUGGAAACGCAGUGUUCCUCGAGUCGCGAGCUUCGCGUGCCUUUGACUUGCAAAAUUCACAUGCCAACAACGUAGUAUCGACUGAUACAGCACUACAUAAAGAGUCCUGGGCGAAAACGUUCACAUCCAUUUCGUCACCGCGGACACAUAUCGACUAUCUUAAACCGAUAAUCUGAAUUUCUACUUCUCAAUUAGGCGCUUAGCCCAUGACUGGGCUGACCUAGCGCGACCGCGGUCGCUUCGAAGGGCAGCCAAAGACUAGCACCCGAAGCCGCGUAGGGAGCCAGCAAGCCUUCGGGAAUCGUAGACAUCUUAAUACAGCUUCUGUUAUUGUGGGCAGCGGCGCGGGGAGGGCGCUGGAGCUCCGCUCGUGCUAGCUGGGCUCCCAGCAGCGCAUGAGAUGGUGCGUAUUGGGGUCGAUAUUGCCAAGAACUCUUGCAACAUCUGCAUUUGUGGUCUUGGCGUGUGGAGCCGCACACUGACUUGGAAUGCCUUUCGAUGCUGUCAUUUCACCUGCGGCUUCGGUACCUGGCCCUCGCCUACAGAACAAAUACGAGAUUAUCUCGAUUGUCGGAGAGGGCGCGUACGGCGUGGUCCUCAAAUGCCGUAAUAAGGAAACGGGAGAGAUUGUAGCGGUGAAGAAGUUUAAAGAAAGCGACGAGGAUGAGAUUGUUCGCAAGACGACUCUCCGCGAGGUUAAGAUGCUCCGGGCACUUCGGCAGGAGAACAUUGUGAACCUAAAGGAGGCGUUUAGGCGGAAACAAAAGCUGUACCUCGUGUUCGAGUACGUGGAACGGAAUUUGCUGGAAAUCUUGGAAGAGCAUCCAGGGGGACUGGAGGGCGAGCAGGUGCGCAACUACAUAUACCAGCUCAUCAAGGCGGUAGGGUGGUGCCACCAACACAACAUCGUGCACCGCGACAUCAAACCCGAGAACCUGCUCAUCAGCCCGAGCGCGGCUGGCGGCGUGGGCAAGCUUAAGCUGUGCGACUUUGGCUUUGCGCGGCAGCUGCCUCCCGCUGACGUAUCCAUCACUGACUACGUGUCCACUCGCUGGUACCGCGCGCCGGAGCUGCUGCUGGGCUCCACGCACUACGGCAAGGAGGUGGACCUGUGGGCUAUUGGGUGCAUCAUGGCUGAGCUGCUGGAUGGCCAGCCGCUGUUCCCGGGCGAGAGUGACAUCGACCAGCUCUACAUACUGCAGCGGUUGCUGGGCCCGCUCACUCGCGAGCAGCACGACCUGUUCCUGCGCAACCCGCGCUUCAACGGCCUUAAGUUUCCCGACAUGCGCAACCCGGAGACGCUGGACCGCAAGUACGCCGGCAAGAUGCCGCACGACGCACUGGCGUUCAUGAAGGCGCUGCUGGCUGUGGACCCCAGCGCGCGGCUGACCUGCAGCCAGGCGCUGUCGCACCCCUACCUGGCGGCGCUGGACGAGCGCUCGGGUGGCGGCGUGGGGCGGGCGGCCAGCAGCAGCGCGGCGCCGGCGGACUCGGGCGUGCGGCAGGGGCGCAAGGUCACGGCGGACCCCAUGGACGAGGACAUGCCCUCCCCGCCCGCCAGGCACGAGCCCAUGGACCACGACAUGUCGGACAACGAGUCCACCGCCUCCACAGUGGCGGUGGCGCGCCGCAAGGCAGCCGCCGCAGCCGCGGCCGCCUCCGGCGGCAAGGGCGGCAACGCCUCCUUCCGCGGCAGCGGCCGCCGCGACAUCAACGAGAUGCACGCAGCCGCCACCGCAGCCAUGGGCGGCGGCGGCGGGCACGGCGCGGACCCGUACGGCAGCCGCCUGGACAGCGCGGGCUCCCGUGUGGGCACGCCGCAGCAGGGCAAGGGCGCGCUGCAGGCGGGCGGCUACGGCGGCCACCCGCAGCCGCGGCAGAGCCACCUGGGGCAGUCCAUGGGCAUGGGCGUGGCGGGGUACGGGCAGCAGAGCAUGGAGCGCUUCAGCGCCUCCUCGCGUAACACGCCACAGGGCAGCACGGGCGGCAAGGCCGGCGCGGGCGGGCAGCAGCGGCUCAACGCCAGCCCGCCGCAGAUGCACAUGGACGGCGGUGGGUACGCGUCAGGUGGCCGCACGAGUAUCGCGUCGUCUGGGCAGCCGGUGCUGUACCAGACCAAUGCGGCUGCGGGCGCCAGUAAGCUCAGUCGCGCGCCCAGCCGCGGCGACCCCUGGCAACAGUCGGGCGGUGGGCAGCAAGGGCGCGGCGCGAUGCCGCCGCUGCCGCCCGGCGGUGGGCCGCGCAUGAGCGGGCACUGGGACGACGACGGCGGCAACCCGGAGCGGCCGUACUCGCGGGGGAUGCUGGGCGGCGGCGGCGGGCCCAUGCAGCCGGGCUUUGGGCAGAACCAGAUGUGGCCGCAGCUCAACGUGCAGCAGCAGCAACAGCAGCAGCGGAGGGGCAAUUACUAGUAGCACAGUGACACUUACUGUGACGGCUUGCUUGCUAGAGGGGCAGCAGCUUCCCUACGCAAGCCCGGUUGUGUGCAGCGGGGCUGACAAUGUCGGCGACAACAAAAGGACUGGACUGUACGGUACUUUCUGGUGGUGGAUGCAGCCUCACUGCUAAAGACGCGGUCGUUUGCGCACUUCCGGCGUCCUGGUGGACUGCGGCUGACCAGCAUUUGGCUCUGUGCAGCCGCUGACUGCGGCUUCGCUAUUGUCACUGAAGCUCGAUGACUACAGCUGGCGCCUGGGAUUCUUAGCAGGAUGCAUGCGUCACGACAUCCCUGGGGGGGACCGGGGAGGCGAGGGUUUGAGAGCGGGGCUUCCUAUCUUGAACAGACAUGUGAGGAGUGUGCAUCAUGAAGUAGGAUGUCAUUGUGAUGACAAGAAUGGCAGGACCGACAGGCGCCAACAGACACAUGCGCCGUCGCCUGUUCGGGGGGGGGGGCGUCCUGCGGCACUGGUUUGCGGGCCAGCAGCUGCAGCUGACGGGCAUGCAUAAACAGUUGCACUUUUGAAACAGGAACGGUACGUAUGGCGGCAAAGCAGGCUUUGUUUGGGACAACAAGACAAGACGCCCUGGGCAAGGGCUUUGUUAGCGGAAUGCACCUGCGCGGCACCGCACUUGAGGACGUAUGCACAUGCGACUUGUUGCGUCCACGAGCUUGGCAGUGUUGACGCGCUGAAAGUAGCGGCGGUGGCAUCUGAGAGCGGCCGUGACAAGGGGAGGAGGCAUAGGCGUGUUGCUGUCGCACGCCGUCUAACAAGGGGACGCGCCGGCAUUGCCAUGGGCGGGACGCACGCGUGAGACCUUGCCGCUGACGCUGCGUGGUCAUUGACCACAUUUGGACGUGAUACGGGAUUUGGUGGGAGUUUGGUCUCUUCUUCUUACUCUUAAACGCUACUAUGGGGGCGGGAAGGGGUGCGCAUGCAUAGCAAUAAGCACGUUUGGCGUGAGAGGCAAAGAUUGCGUCACACCCCUGCGCUUCUCAAAGCGAGUGGGCUUUCUUUCAUUCUGGUUCUCGUCUUCCUACUUCUCUAGCCGGGGCUCGCAGUACAGCCCUGGCGCUACCCAAUUGGCUAACAUCGUUUGUAGACUGACGCUGUUGUGUUAGUUGGGGGCACGGUACGGGGGGCAUGGUCGUGAUGUGUCCACCACGCAAUGUGCCACAUGGCACCUUGCGUGGCACAGCGAAACGCUAACAAAGGUUCUGGAGUUCGUGAUCCGUACACGUGCAUGUAAUGGACCAAUGCU